CGAGAGUGGGUUUGUUCUUGGGCUGCAGCCGCUGCUGCCACCUCUUACAGCGCCGUUGCUGCGGGGGAUUGUGGGAGCUUCAGCGUCCCGCUCGCUUGGAGAGAGGUACCUCUCCUCUUCCCUCUCCCUCUCCUUAAGAGUUGUCUGCUGGUUCUCAGCUUGAAGAAGAUUCUACAGUCCUUAUUGAUCCUUUUUCUUGGCGUUACCAUUUUUUGAAGCAAAGUUAACCUAGUUUUCUAGUUUGAGCUUUCUUUUUGGCCAUCUUCUAAAAAAUUUUUUUUUAAUCUAUAAACUAGACAAGAGAUAGUUCUACAAUGUCCAAGUCAUUCCAGCAGUCAUCUCUCGGUAGGGACUCGCAGGGUCAUGGGCGUGACCUGUCUGCAGCAGGAAUAGGCCUUCUUGCUGCUGCUACCCAGUCUUUAAGUAUGCCAGCAUCUCUUGGAAGGAUGAACCAGGGUACUGCACGCCUUGCUAGUUUAAUGAAUCUUGGAAUGAGUUCUUCAUUGAAUCAACAAGGAGCUCAUAGUGCACUGUCUUCUGCUAGUACUUCUUCCCAUAAUUUGCAGUCUAUAUUUAACAUUGGAAGUAGAGGUCCACUCCCUUUGUCUUCUCAACACCGUGGAGAUGCAGACCAGGCCAGUAACAUUUUGGCCAGCUUUGGUCUGUCUGCUAGAGACUUAGAUGAACUGAGUCGUUAUCCAGAGGACAAGAUUACUCCUGAGAACUUGCCCCAAAUCCUUCUACAGCUUAAAAGAAGGAGAACUGAAGAAGGCCCUACAUUGAGUUAUGGUAGAGAUGGCAGAUCUGCUACACGGGAGCCACCAUACAGAGUACCUAGGGACGAUUGGGAAGAAAAGAGGCACUUUAGAAGAGAUAGUUUUGAUGAUCGUGGUCCUAGUCUCAACCCAGUGCUUGAUUAUGACCAUGGAAGUCGUUCUCAAGAAUCUGGUUAUUAUGACAGAAUGGAUUAUGAAGAUGACAGAUUAAGAGAUGGAGAAAGGUGUAGGGAUGAUUCUUUUUUUGGUGAGACCUCGCAUAACUAUCAUAAAUUUGACAGUGAGUAUGAGAGAAUGGGACGUGGUCCUGGCCCCUUACAAGAGAGAUCUCUCUUUGAGAAAAAGAGGGGCGCUCCUCCAAGUAGCAAUAUUGAAGACUUCCAUGGACUCUUACCGAAGGGUUAUCCCCAUCUGUGCUCUAUAUGUGAUUUGCCAGUUCAUUCUAAUAAGGAGUGGAGUCAACAUAUCAAUGGAGCAAGUCACAGUCGUCGAUGCCAGCUUCUUCUUGAAAUCUACCCAGAAUGGAAUCCUGACAAUGAUACAGGACACACAAUGGGUGAUCCAUUCAUGUUGCAGCAAUCUACAAACCCAGCACCAGGAAUUCUGGGACCUCCGCCUCCCUCAUUUCAUCUUGGGGGACCAGCAGUUGGACCAAGAGGAAAUCUGGGUGCUGGAAAUGGAAACCUGCAAGGACCAAGACACAUGCAAAAGGGCAGAGUGGAAACUAGCCGAGUUGUUCACAUCAUGGAUUUCCAGCGAGGGAAAAACUUGAGAUAUCAACUAUUACAGCUGGUGGAACCAUUUGGAGUUAUUUCAAAUCAUCUGAUUCUAAAUAAAAUUAAUGAGGCAUUUAUUGAAAUGGCAACCACAGAAGAUGCUCAGGCUGCAGUGGAUUAUUAUACAACCACACCAGCAUUAGUAUUUGGCAAGCCAGUGAGAGUUCAUUUAUCCCAGAAGUAUAAAAGAAUAAAGAAACCUGAAGGGAAACCAGACCAGAAGUUUGAUCAAAAACAAGAGCUUGGACGUGUGAUACAUCUCAGCAAUUUACCUCAUUCUGGCUAUUCUGACAGUGCUGUCCUCAAGCUUGCUGAGCCUUAUGGGAAAAUUAAGAAUUAUAUACUGAUGAGGAUGAAAAGUCAGGCCUUUAUUGAGAUGGAGACCAGAGAAGAUGCAAUGGCAAUGGUUGACCACUGUUUGAAAAAGGCCCUUUGGUUUCAAGGGAGAUGUGUAAAAGUUGACCUGUCUGAAAAAUACAAAAAAUUGGUACUCAGGAUUCCCAACAGAGGCAUUGACUUACUGAAAAAAGAUAAGUCCCGGAAAAGAUCUUACUCUCCAGAUGGCAAAGAAUCUCCAAGUGAUAAGAAAUCCAAAACUGAUGGUUCCCAGAAGACUGAAAGUACAACCGAAGGUAAAGAACAAGAAGAGAAAUCAGGAGAAGAUGGUGAAAAAGAUACAAAGGAUGACCAGGCAGAACAAGAACCUAACAUGCUUCUUGAAUCUGAAGAUGAGCUACUUGUAGAUGAAGAAGAAGCAGCAGCACUGCUAGAAAGUGGCAGUUCAGUGGGAGAUGAGACAGAUCUUGCUAAUUUAGGGGAUGUGGCAUCUGAUGGGAAAAAGGAACCUUCAGACAAAGUUGUGAAAAAAGAUGCAAAUGCGAGUGCUUCAGCAACUGCGAAGAAAAAGCUUAAAAAGCGUCGUUUCCCAGGGAGUAUGGAAGGUUUUGUCACUCUAGAUGAGGUUGGUGAUGAGGAAGAUUCGGAACUUCAGAAACUUCGUAAAUCGGGCAUGGCAUUUAAAUCUGGUGACAAAAAUGAUGAUGGUUUGGUUGAAAUUAAGGUGGACAAGAUCGAGGAACUUGACCAAGAAAAUGAAGCAGCGUUGGAAAAUGGAAUUAAAAAUGAGGAAAAUACAGAACCAGGUGCUGAAUCUGCUGAGAAUGCUGAUGAUCCCAACAAAGAUACAAGUGAAAACGCAGAUGGCCAAAGUGAUGAAAACAAGGAGGACUAUACAAUCCCAGAUGAGUAUAGAAUUGGACCAUAUCAGCCCAAUGUUCCUGUUGGUAUAGACUAUGUGAUACCUAAAACAGGGUUUUACUGUAAGCUGUGUUCACUCUUUUAUACAAAUGAAGAAGUUGCAAAGAAUACUCAUUGCAGCAGCCUUCCUCAUUAUCAGAAAUUAAAGAAAUUUCUGAAUAAAUUGGCAGAAGAACGCAGGCAGAAGAAGGAAGCUUAAGAUGUGCAAGAAGCUUAAUGAUUUCAAAGAAAAUAAUGGUUCUUUGUUUUUAAAUGUUAACCUUUUUUAAAUACAAUACAGAUAGUUAGAAGAAAACUAUUGUACUCUUUUGUUAUAGUGGAAAAAUAAUAGACGUCUGUUCAUGUGUUAAGUGUUAUAGCAAAAAUACAUAUACGGUUAAGUUAAUGAAGAAUUGUUUUUGUUUUAUCAAAAUGGUAACAGACAGAAAUACUUGGUAGAGACUGACUUCAUAUGCUACUUAAGACACUUGCAUCACUAAGAAAGAUACGUAGAAACAUUCAGAGAAAUGAAAUUUAGUAGUUCCAAGCUUCAAAGAAAUGUCAAAACUUUUGAUUCCAUUCAAUAAAGAACAAAACCAAUUGUAUUUUUAUUACUUUCAUCUGAAACAUUCCACAUUUUAAUCUGAGCCUUUCAGACUUUUCAUUUGCAGUUCGAAGCAUUUUUGGUUUUGUUUCAUUUUUUGAGAACGUCAUUAAUGUGAGAUUGGUAAUUAAAAUGCAGGUGCAGUUUUCUUUUAAUGUCAUGCUGUUUAGGUAAUAAGAAAUAUUAAGUAAUUGGCUUUAGAUUUUGUAAUUUUUUCCCUAAGUUCCUGCUAGAUUUCGUAUUCUAGUAGUCAAUGUAUUUUUCAGUGAAAUGUAAAAAUAUUCCCAUUCUCUUUGACCAGUAUUAAUUUCUUGAGAUAUUGCUUGUCACUUGAAUCCUGUAGCUGUCAUACAUCUGGUAUAAGCACAUUUGAUUUUUGAAGUGUGUAGACCAUCUCUUCAUAUUUUCAAGAUGUAAUUUUACAUUUCUGCAUUUUAAAAACAGUUUGGCCAUAAUCUUAGACGCACGCUUCUAAUUCAUAUACUGCAUAUGUGACCUUUGUGAACAGAAAUUUGCAUGUAUAAUCUGUGUUUACUUGUAACUUUCUGGUUAUAUACUGCUUAUAUCUGUGGAUUCAAGUUUCUGAAGUGAGUACCAAUAAAAAAAAAAAACCUAGGCCAUGUUCAUUGGUUAUACAUGUUUGAAAUGUUAACCAA